AGGUUGAUUACAUAAUAUAUACACGCACUUUUUUCAUCUCUAUCCAUCUUGAUAGCCUUUAUCUCUCUACAAGACCACUAUUUUCUGGGCUUAAUUUCCCUUAAAUUUCUUCAAUUUCACACCUCACAGCUAACGAUCAACGAAGCUCUUCCCAUGGCAUCCGGAUCUUCUUCGGGUCGGAACAAUUCGGGUCCAAAAGGCUACGAUUUCGCUUCCGAUGAUAUUCUUUGCUCUUACGAAGAUUACGCUAAUCAAGAAAAUUCCAACGGCGUCCACUCCUCCGAUCCUGUCGGUGCCAAUUCUUCCAAGGAAUUUCACAAAAGUAGAAUGGCAAAAUCUGCUGUGUAUCCUGCUUCCUCUUACAGUCCUCCAGAAGAAUCUAUCAACCAGGAUGUUAUUGCAACUGUUGAAUUGACUAUGAAAAAGUAUGCUGACAAUCUGAUGCGUUUUCUGGAGGGGAUCAGUUCCAGACUAUCCCAGUUGGAACUAUACUGCUAUAAUCUUGAUAAAUCUAUUGGUGAAAUGCGAUCCGAGUUAGCUCGUGAUAACGGGGAGGCAGAUUCGAAGCUCAAAUUUCUUGAGAAGCAUCUUCAAGAGGUCCACAGGUCAGUCCAGAUUCUAAGAGACAAACAGGAGCUUGCUGAAACCCAGAAAGAACUUGCAAAAAUUCAGCUUGCACAGAAAGAGUCCAAUUCGGCAACCCAUUCCCAGCAGGGAGAGGAACGAGCAUCUCCACCUGCUUCUGAACCUAAGAAGAACGACAAUACAUCAGACGCCCGUGGACAACAACUAGCUCUUGCUUUACCCAGUCAAAUACCUCCGCAACCUUCAGUUCCCUCCAGACCUGUGGAGCAUCACCAGCAGCCCAUGCCGCAACAGCCACCUCCAAAUGUGACUCCUGCUCAGGGUUAUUAUUUACCUCCAGUGCAAUUACCAAACUUGCCGUCUUCUAUGCAGCCAUCUCAUGGUCAAUAUCUUCCAUCUAAUUCCCAGUAUCAAACUCAACCACAACCCGCACAAUCUCAAGUGAAUCAAACACCACAAAAUCACUCUUUACCUCAGUACCAGCAGCAGUGGCCCCAGCAGAUGACCCAGCAAGGUCAACAACACCCGCAAACAUCAAUGCAGCCUCAGAUAAGGCCAACAUCUCCUGCUGUUUAUCCUCCUAACUAUAUGCCCAGUCAAGCGGCGACUCCUCCCGAGACCCUUCCAAACAGCAUAUCAAUGCAACUGCCAUAUUCAGGGAUGUCUCAACCUGUUCCAAGCCGUGCAGAUGUCAUGCCUUAUGGCUAUGGUGGGGUUGGUAGACCAGCUCAGCCACAGCCACAGCAGCAGCCGCCUCCACAUCAGCAUCUGAAGGCUUCUUUUGGAGCACAGCCAGGUGAGGGGUAUGCUGCUUCUGGACCACACCAAACACUGUCCUCUGGAAAUGCGUACAUGAUGUAUGAUGCUGAAGGGGGAAGGCAGCAACAUUCAAGCCAGUCUCAUUUCCCUCAAGGUGGUUAUUCUCAGAAUCAGCAACCUAAUAGCAGCACUAAUAUGAUGCCUCGCCCUCCACAAUUUAUGCGCAACCAUCCCUACAAUGAACUGGUUGAGAAAUUGGUGAGCAUGGGAUAUAGAGGAGAGCAUGUAGCAAGUGUAAUUCAGAGGCUAGAGGAAAGUGGCCAACCUGUUGAUUUCAAUGCCGUGCUGGACAGGUUGAAUGUGCAUCCUUCCGGGGGUGGUUCUCAGACAGGAUGGUCCGGGUAAGCAACAUUAUUCCUACUACUCGUAUUCAGCCGAUUGCAGAGACAAUCAUGACGUCUUUUUAGUCUAUGUAUGCUGUUUCAAAUAAAGUUGAUGUAAUUGGCACGGUAUCUUGGUAUACAUAUUUGGACCAGGGAAUGUUUGGAUAUUUAAAAAUUAUUUAGUAUGUUCAUUGGGUGCUUGUAACAUGAAAUGUGGCACUUGUCUGGCCCACUGUAUAUAUUCGUGAGUUCUGUUUUC